AUGAAAUAUAAAGCACUUAAAUAUGAGAAUCGAGAAGACAUCGCAUGUUUCCUCAUAAGAAGUGGUUGUGAUGUUAAUGCUCUGCGUAAACCCGGUCCUGGUGGCACCGGAGGAGAAGAGGCUACUGACCAGCAGACUCCAUUACACCUUUGUUGUUCUUGGGGACUUGAAAAUACUGUCCAGACCUUGCUUGAGCAUGGUGCCAAGGUUAAUGCAAAGGAUGCAGAAAACAAGACGCCUUUGCACCAUGCCAUAGAGAACUCCCACACAACCAUCAUCUCACUCUUACUUUCCCACCCUGCCUUGGACUUGACAUUAAGGGAUAAAUCGGGAAUAACUCCAUUUGCUGCUGCCAUGUUACGGAAGAACAACAAGGCAGCACAGGCCAUCCUCAGUCGGGAACCAAAGGCAGCUGAGCAGUAUGACCACAAAGGGCACAAUUUUCUCCAUGUUGCCAUUCAGAAGAAGGACAUGGAGAGUGUGUUGUUUCUGCUGAGCAUCCAUGUUGACAUGCACACCCGCACCCAGGACCAGCUCUCUCUUACACCCCUUCAUCUUGCUACUCUCUCAGGGUCAGAAAUGAUUGUCAGAAAUUUACUACUGGCUGGCAGUGGAGCUAUCCAUGAUCUAACACCACAGAAGCAGACCGUCUUACACUUAGCAGCAGCACACGAUCAUCCACAUCUAGCCUCCAUUUUCAUUGAGAAUGGUGUUCGUGUUGAUUCUGUGGAUGACAACCUCAACAAUGCUCUUCAUGUUGCAGUCAAGGAGGGUCAUCUGUCUGUGGUUAAGACCCUGCUCACAGAGUCAAGAAUCAAUGCUGGAGCCGUCAACUUAAGAGGCCAGAACCCUCUCCAUGUCUUGGCAAACUACCCCAAAGAUAAUGCUGCUGCCAUUGCUGAGGUGUUUCUUGAGACCAUGCCAGGUUAUGAUCUUAAUAAAUUAGAUGUGGAGGGUAACGCAGCUCUGUUGUUGGCAUACAUGCGAGGUGCUGGCCAAUUGUGCAGAGUUUUCGUCCGGGCUGGAGCAUGUUUGGGCUCCACUAAUAAGCAUGGAGUUAACAUAUUUAAUUAUCAGGUACCUACCAAGACACUGCUGUUCCGACUCCUUGAUGUUUUGUCUGUUGAACCUCCUUGGAGUGAAGGUGAACUGUGUAUGGAAUGUGGAGCCAAAUUUGGCAUCGCCACCAGGAAGCACCAUUGUCGACACUGUGGAAGACUUUUAUGCAACCGAUGCUCAGAUAAAGACGUACCUAUUCUAAAGUUCUCUUUGAACAAGCCUGUACGCGUUUGUCAGACUUGCUUUGAUGUGCUUACUUUAGGAGCAGCAGCCAUUUCUUAAUGUUGAAGAAGUUUUAGGUCUUGGGUAAUGCAUGUUUGAACUAUGCACUGGGGAAUCUGUUGUAAAUGAAUUUCAAGAAGCUCAUGCUUUGGUGCCACUUAGUGUGUUAUAUUGAAAUGUAAGAAAAAUAUAUUUACAUCUUUAUAUAUUUUUUGCAAUUUGCUAGUGAUCUUAUAAAUGAAGUAAGUAUUUUCUAUAAAGCUGUUCUAGUUAAACUUUCUGGCUACUGAAGCAUAUUUGAUUAUUGUAGAGAGAUCCUGGAUUCACCUGAAUAACAUCGUGGGUUAUGAGGUCCUCUUGUGUAAUCCUUCACAUUUUUUUUAAAUAGCUAUUUUGCAUUCCUCUGUUAGUGGGAAUACAUACUAGAUUAAAGUUUGCUAGAAAAUAGCUUAUGAAAUAAUAAGAGUAGCUAAAGCCAGUGAGAAGAUAGUUUUGUGGAGGAGGAAUAUUGUUAGUUUUCUAUGGGGAAGUGGAACAGAAUUCUUCCUCCGUAAGCCAUGCGUAUCGUAAGAGGCGACUAAAAUGCCGGGAGCAAGGGGCUAGUAACCCCUUCUCCUGUAUAUAUUACUAAAUAUAAAAGGAGAAACUUUCAUUUUUCCUUUUGGGUCACCCCGCCUCUGUGGGAUACGACCGGUGUGUUGAAAGAAAGAAAGAAUAUUGUUAGUGUUUCUUACAGACCUGGGCUUCAUAUUUAUCUCUUGGUUCUGUCACUUGUGUUAACUACUGCUCAUACACUGCAAUAAUUUGAGCAAUAAACUCAAGACAAAUGAAUAUAUUGGAGUUUUGUAUUCUGUUAUUAUGAUGUGCUCCUACAUUAACAAACCAAAGUAACAAAUACUGUACCAGGUAGAGUUAAUGUUUAGUGAACAUUGUGUAAUGCUCCUACAUUGACUGCCAGUGAGACUGGUGAAACAUCUAUGCAGUGGAGAAGUGAAGUAUGUACUUUAAGAUCUUGCACAAAACACUAAUUAUAUGUAAGAUAGACAUAAGUAAAUUUGCAAAUAAUGGCAUAAGGUUAAUAAUUAUGUUUACAGUUGCAUUGCUAUGUGACCUAUAUGGGUUGACCACUUGUUUUUUAAUAUUGUAUUGUAAUAGUAAUAAUAGUAAGAUGGCAGUUACUAAGUAGAUGGUCAAGCUGCAGAACCAGGACAAGUGUUACUCACGUUGAGAUACAAAGAAUCACAAACAUUGCCAAAUCAAGGACCAAGCAUUUGUUUAUUGUAACUUGCUAUUCCAUUUUUUAUCUUCAAGUAGGUAAUGUCAACAAAUGCUGCAAUUAAAGUAUACUGGCUCAUGUUUUCUAACUCAAUUUAAAACAUCUAGAAUCCACCUAAUAGACAGUUUAAUUUGGGUAUCACAUCCCUCACUGGCCUUGAUGCUGGUGAGGGGCUCUUGAUUCAAAGCACUUUGUUUAUCUUCCAUUUCCUUGGAUCUAAUUUCUUCCCAUUCCCAGCUUGAUUAAAAUGAUAAAAUAAAUGUCAAGGCAUCAUACCAACAUGCAAUCAGUUGUGUAAAAAAGAAAAAAUCCUUUGGAUGACAAAUAAACACUAUUCAAGUGAUACCUUAAUGUAUAUGCACCUUUUAUUCAAUUUCUCUUCAUUACAUUCCUGAGCAUGUAUUUGCAUAUUAUUCAGGUGGUUUGGACAUUUAGAGAGGAUGGAGCAGUAUAGGAUGACUUGGAGGGUGUAUAAAUCUGUAGUAGAGGGAAGGCAGGUAGGGGUCAUCAUAGGAAAUAUUAGAGGGAACGGAGUAAGAGAGGUUUUUUAGCAAGGGGCUUGGAGAUUCAACAUGCAUAUACGAGUGUAUUAGAUGGAGCGAAAGGAUUCAGGGAAACUGGUUAUCUGGACUUGAGUCCUGGAGAUGGUAAAAACAGUGCUUGCACUCUGAGGGACAGGUGGGGAUAAUGCAGUUUGGGGGCAUCUGAGCUGUAGUAUCAGCAUACCUAUGGCAAGACAGUGAGUGAUUGAUGACAGUGUUUCUUCUUUUUUUGGGUCACUAUACCUCGGUGGGAGAUGGCCAGUGUUUUAAAAUGAAAAUCCUGGAAUGGUAUGAGUUACUGUGAUGACCUGUGAGAACCUGAGCAGUUUGUUGGUCCUGGCUUGCUCCAGCUAGCUUCAGAGUACUAGCUAAUGAAACACAAAUCAGAAUAUAAUGUUGGUUAAGUCUUGGCAUAAACUUUUAUUGGUGAUAUUUGUGUGAUUUGUUGUAAAUUUUGUAAUACAGUCUUAAAGUGAAUAGAUUAUUUUAUUAAUACUAUAUGUAAAACAAUAGUAGACACAAAAUAAAUGUAUGCAUCUAUAUUUAUUCCUUACAAAUUUCUUCUAAAUAAUUUAGUGCAUAAAUAUGAAUUGUUUUGAGUAAGACACAUGUGUAACAGUCGGGUAUCUUUAUUGUUAUUACUUUAUGCCAACACAGUAAACUUCAGUCACAUACAUAGCAAAAUACACAUUGCGAUAACAGCAGUAAUGGCGAGGUAAUGAUGUGAUCAGUCCCUUAACCUUGAAGUAGUUUUUGAUGUGGUCAGUCCCACAGCUGGCAAAGAGUUCAGCUCUAUAGUCUGGAACUGGGGAGCUGAACUCUUCUCCAGGCUGUGGAACUGACCACCUCAAAAACUACUUUAAAACUGAUGGAUUGAUUACAUCUUUAUCUUGCCACUACUACUGCUGUCUCCAUAUUUAUUCUCCUUUGUAUAUGACUAAAGGAACCUGCAGUGUACGCAGUACAUUGCAACAGCAACGAUACCCACCUGUUGCACGUCUCUUUAUUUAUCUACUUGUCAAUAUUGUAUAGCAUUUUUUUAAUUAUAAAUUCCUUUCAUUGUGGUUGUGGUCUAUUUUGAAGUGAAAAUGUACAUUUAAAUACAUUAUGUAAAUAUUUUUUUAAUUUGCAGAAUAUAUUAUUUGAACUGCAAUAUCUAUAUGGAGGUUGUUUAAUAUAGUGUCACAAGUAACAUUACUGGAGAUAGUCUUAACACUGUGCAUCUGUAGAAACUUUAUAUUGGUAAAAAAUAUUCCAGCAUUUAUACUCAUCAAAAUUAAAUUUGUCGAGUUCUGAUAAUUAAUUUUUUAUUAAAAAAGAAAAGUAUAAAUACUGCAGUAUGUAAUUUUUUGAAAUAGUUCCUGUAUAUCAGUCUGAAAAAGAAUAUCUUUUUCAAACUCAGGCUAAUUAGCCUUUAAACUGUCCAAACGUAGAUCUACGUUGAUGUGCGUAGUGCUUCGAACAUAGAUCUAUGACCGAUUUUACUUGCUUUCAAAUGGAGAAAAUUAAGGUCGGAGUGCUAUGCACGUCAGCAUAGAUCUAUGUUUGGACAGUUUAAGGGUUAAUUAAAUGCCAAAUAUUCAUUUUGUAUUUGAACAUAGUUACCUCUCUUUGUACUGCUUAAGCUUAAUCUUUUUACAGUAGCUGAACAAUUCAUUCCACUUAAUGAGUUUAGUUUUACAUAGCUCAGUCGUGUAUCAGAAACAUAGGGCAUGACUGUAGCUGCAAUGUUCCUCAGAACCAACAUUUAUAUACCUAAUUAUUUCACUAGUUACCAGAACUCUUAAUAUUAUUUUUAUUUGAUUUAUUCAAAUAUACCAAAGACUGUAAAUAGUUAAGAGUUGUUUUGACUGAUAUAUUAGGAAGGCAUCAUAUUGCAAACAGGUCAGUUUUCAAAUAUUAAUUUCCUGUAUAAGAACAAAGUGAAUGGGGAGGUUUCAUUAGACUUUAAGAAGGUAUUCAAUAAAGCUCCUUGUGAAAAACUAAUCUGUAAACCACAAAGCAUAGGUGAUAAAAAGGCAAACUAUUACAGUAGAUAAGAGAUUUCAUAUUUAAAAGGCAAUUAUGAACAUCAGGUAAAAUGUCAUCUUGUAAUGUCACCAGCAGGGUGCCAUAAACCUCAGUGCUUAGAUAAUAUUUUUGAUCUAUAUAAAUGACUUCCCAAAAAGAUGAUGCAAAAAAUACUAUGCAAGUGGAAAAAUUUACUGUGUAUCCUUCCUAGAGGAAGACAUGAACAGAUAAGAGCAAGUUUAGUAAGACAGGAAUCAUGGCAUUAAAUGUGGACAAAUGUCAUUUAAUACAAAUGAGUAAAAUGAAACUGGGCCUCAUAGAAGAUGCUAACUCCUCUUUCAACUACCAUACACAAGUAUUUUUAUUUCUUAGCAUAUAUAUUCAUCAUAGGUAGUAGGUUGGUAGACAGCAACCACCCAGGGACAUACUGCCGUCCUGCCAAGUGAGUGUAAAAUGGAAGCCUGUAAUUGUUCUACAUAAUGGUAAGAUUGCUGGUGUCUUUUUUCUUUCUCACUAACAUGCAAGAUUUCAGGUACAUCUUGCUACUUCUACUUACACUUAGGCCACACUACACAUGCAUGUACUAGCAUAUAAAUAUAAAUCUAUAAAUCUAUAGGGGAAGGAAGGAGGGGUAGGGGUCGUCCUCGAAAGGGUUGGAAAGAGGGGGUAAAGGAGGUUUUGUGGGCUAGGGGCUUGGACUUCCAGCAAGUGUGGAUGAGCGUAUUAGAUAGGAGUGAAUGGAGGCAAAUGAUACUUGGGACCUGACGAUCUGUUGGAGUGUGAGCAGGGUAAUAUUUAGUGAAGGGAUUCAGGGAAACCGGUUAUUUUCAUAUAGUCGGACUUGAGUCCUGGAAAUGGGAAGUACAAUGCCUGCACUUUAAAGGAGGGGUUUGGGAUAUUGGCAGUUUGGAGGGAUAUGUUGUGUAUCUUUAUACAUAUAUGCUUCUGAACUGUUGUAUUCUGAGCACCUCUGCAAAAGCAGUGAUAAUGUGUGAGUGUGGUGAAAGUGUUGAAUGAUGAUGAAAGUAUUUUCUUUUUGGGGAUUUUCUUUCUUUUUUGGGUCACCCUGCCUCGGUGGGAGACGGCCGACUUGUUGAAAAAAAAAAAAAAAUACACACACCCUUCUAGGUUUUCUUCUAUUUUCUUACAAACUCUAGUUCUUGUUUAUUUUCUCUUAUCUCCAUGGGGAAGUGGGAGAGAAUUCUUCCUCCAUAAGCUGUAUGUGUUGUAAGAGGCAAUUAAAAGGCUGGGAGCAAGAAGCUAGUAACCUCUUCUCCUGUAUAUAUUACUGAAAUUAAAAAGAGAAACUUUUGUUUUUCUUUUUGGGCCACACUGCCUUGGUGGGAUACGGCCGGUUUGUUGAAAGAUGAAGAAUAUAUUCAUACAGUAUACCAGAUUAUCUCAGAGCUCUGAAUAUCAUUUUGUUUCAGUUGGUUUAAAUAUACCAAAAGUAAUACAUAUUGUGAGUUGUUUUGACUAAUUAUAACAAAAGGAAGAAGAGUAUUUGCAAACAGCUCGAUUUAUGAACAGUAAAAUCCUGUAUAUUAAAUGUAGAGGAAAAUGUACAGAGGUCAUAUACUGCCCACAUAGAAUCAAUAAAUUAUUUAAACUAUUGAAAAUGUCUCAAAGCAUUUGGAUUGUUCUCACUGGGCUGGAGAAAAUAUACUUAAUAUGUACAUGGAAUUUAUCUGAAGUCCUGGUCCUUAACCUGUACACUCAUAUAACAGUUGACUGGAGUGAAAAACAGAUAUGGGAGAAAGGGUUUAAUUAAUCUAGUGAUGAACAAGGGGACCAUGGGUAGAAUUAGGAAACGUUGUGUCAACGUGUGUAACCCUAGACUCUUCAACAUAUUACCAGCAGAUAUCAGAAAUAUUGAGCAAGUGGCUAGUAACCCCAUCUGUAUACAUUGCUAAAGUUGAAAAGAGAAACUUUUGUUUUUGUUUUUGGACCAUCCUGCCUCAGUGGAAUACAGCUGGCACAUUGAAAAAAGAAGAAAAUAAAAAAUAUUGUCAUAACAAUGAUGAAAGUGUUCAAGAUGCAGCUCAUCAGCUUUCUUCUACAAGUGCCAGAUCAACUGGUUUGUGAUGGCUAUGUGAGCUUGUGGGUCACUAGCACAAACAGUUUGGUUGACCAGGCAAUCAGCAGAGAAACCUGGCCUCAGGUCAGACUGGGAAAGAGAAGAGUGCUUAAACUGGUCACAUGUAAAACAGGUAAUCACAUAAAAGACUUGGCAAUCUUUGUCUUACUGCCUUGGCAAAUACUCUCAUCAUAAUCUUUGUGAUUUUACUUUUUAUAUAAAUAAAAUUUCCUAUGACUUAAGACAUGAUACAAGUUAUCCACACAUAUAAAUGUUUGUAACCGAAUAACUGUGCGUCACUGACUUUAGAAAAUAAUUUGAUUAUUUUAUUAUUACUUAUGUAUACGACAGUUUUAAAAUAUUUACUGUAUUUUUGUGCAGAAAUGUUUGUUACACUACAAAGUUGGAAGUCUUCAGGAGGAAGCUAGGUUAAGUUGCUGCAGAUAUUUACACCAAUAGAGUGGGUGAUCAAAUGUUCCCCAGGAAAGCCUGUCCUCAGACCAGAAUGUGAAAGUAAAACAUCUCAAAACUGGUUACAAGAACUAUGAAUUAAAGUACGGUAAAACUUCUCGUUAACAGACCUCUUAUUAAUAGAUUUUAGACAAAAAAUUAGUCGAACAAAUACUUUAAUUAUCGACAAAAUGGACAAAAGUCUGUAGUCAUGCAUUUUGUCUGUAGCAAUAGUGUCCAGUUGUCUUUGCAAUUUCAGACCAAGUCUAUUUAACUUUGACAUUUAUCCAGUAUGGGCCAGAGCGGCAACAUCCAGGACAUGUCUAUUUUUGUCCUUUCCUGAGUCAUAGGCCACCCGUGCCAGUUAAUUGUUUGUGCUCACUCACGCUCAUCAUUCAGUAUAAUUUUCCCUGGAUUUAGAGUACAGUAUUUUGUAUGACUUUAUUAACAAAUUAAGCAAAGUACAAUUAAUAAUGGCUUCUAUAGCAAGUGGUAGUGCCAAGAGAACACAUGUGGUUCUCAGAAACCUAUGUCUUUUCAGUCAUCUACAUCACAGUCAUCUGCAUUAUUUUUACUAGUUGAGUUUAACAGCUCCUCUGACUUGAAAAGUUAUUCUGAGUCACCACUAUCUAUUAGAAGUUUACAUCUCAUCUCUUAGCACUUCUCUGUAUUAUAUACAUGUUUCCUUCAGCAUUUGUGAUUGUUUCGGAUUCCCUCAGUGCUUUACAAGGUAUUAAACAAUUCGAUUCCCCUCAUCCAUUGGUCUUUCAUACUCAACUUUGGUUGUGUUGUGUAGAUAGCAAAAACAAAGACGUCAUUUUCUGUUGGGUUCCUGGACACGUUGAUGUGCGAGGCAAUGAAUGGGCGUAUGCUGCUGCAUGGUCAGCGGUACGUGAUCUUUCGGUUUCCUAUUGAGACAUUCCGUUGAGGGACUACGUUACUGUCAUCUCUACCCAUCUUCGCAGAUAUGCACCAUAAUAAAUUACAUUCUAUUAACCUGUAAACGGUCCAAACGUAUAUAUACGUUUUUUCAACAUUUGAAAGUAUGUAAAAAAAGUAGAUCUUCUUUUUGUUUUUUACAUUUGAAAAUGUGUAAAAAACUUUGAUCUACUUUUUUUUUUGUUAUAUUUGAAAAUAUGUAAAAAAACAUAGAUCUACUUUUGUAGCACUACACAUGUGAAUGUAGAUCUGCUUGGACCGUUUACGGGUUAAGCCACGUUUAGGUUUGUGGCCAUCUUCUUACUACUGUUGCUGUACUCAGGAGACUGCUCUCUCCCAUCUCCACAUCGGCCAUACUUGUCUUACCCAUGGGUAUGUCAUGAAGUGACACCCUAUUCCUCUCUCUGAGGUUUGUCGGGUCCCUGUUUUGGUUCGUCACUUUCUUGUGAAUUGUCUGGUUUACCAGCGAGCUCACAGAAUUUACCUCCACCGUCACCACCACUCUAUGACUCUUACUUUAUCUUCCCUCCUUGCUGACAGCCCUGACUUUGACUUAUGCUCACUUUUUGACUUUUUGUCAGCAACUGCUUUACUUCACAAUUUUUUUUUUUUUUUUUUUUUUUUUACACAAGGUUUGAGAAGGUUAAGGGUCCCUAGCUUUAUUGACAAGCUAUUUACAGGUUAAAGAUUCCUAACUUUAUUGACAAGCUAAGAGCUGUUGAUGUAUAGCCUUUAGCAUCCCUUCCUGCUCUUUUCUUUCCUUACUUCUGAUCCCCUCUCCAACUGGUUGUUUAUAGACCCGGCACUAUUUUCUGCCUCGCUGCACUGCAUGACCCUUGUCGGCUUAGCGCUUUAUUUGAUUAUAAUAAUACAUCUCAUCUCUCCACCACAAUUGUCGUUAUCGUAUACCCCCUCCUCCCUAUUAUUCUGUUAAUGAGAGGUUUUACUCUAUGUAAUAGUGUAAUUACAGAUAACUUUCAUAGGAAGUAGAUCAUGAGUUAUCGUGCACCUUCAGAGAUGAAAGUGCACGAUAAUUCAUGAUCUACCCCUGGAUUAUCAUAUGAUUUUUUAAUGGUUACUUUGUUUUGAAUAUCACUUUCUCCCAUUACAUGUUCAAGUGCUGGUUCAAAUAAGACUAGAAUAAUGUCAGAAACCUGAUAAACUAUCAUUGGAAAAUCAAUGAUCUAUACUUUUUUUGUGUGUGUGUAAAAAUGUUAAUUGUUUAUGGGACUAUCCAAGAUACGAGUGUUGGCUUUAGGAAUCAGGUUGUGUUACUGUAACUUAUGCUGUAACAAUUUUUAACCCACAAAUUAAAAGUUUAGACAUACAGUAGAGGCCCAACUUAAGACAUUCCAAGUUAAGUUUCUCACAUGACAUUGUCACUUCAUAAAUAAUCAAUUAUGAACACACAUAUUCAGUUUGUCAUUGCAAGUAUUCAAAAAAUAUUUUAAAUAUGUUUCACAAUUUGUGGAUGUUAAUUUUAUGCAUGUAGAAAGCUCACAUUUGUUUGGCAGAGAUUUGCUAAAAAAUUAUAGAAUUAAUACUUAGUUUUCUUAAGGCUGAAUUAUAAAUAUUUUUCAGCUAGUUUUUUGUCAGUUGCAUUGGUAUUUUGUGUAUGUUUAUUUUAUGCUUGUGUGGAGAAUUCACAUUUUAUUUGGGAGAGAUUGGUUAAGAAUCACAGAUUAAAAAAUGAUUUUCUGUGGUAGCUGCAACCACUGCUGGCGUGCAGCGGACCUAUCAUUGAGUGAGAUGUGUGAUGACAGCAGGAGUUCCACUCUCUCUCCUUCACACAGUUAUCCUCAUGACUAUCUUCCCACACUAUAUACCCAGGCACAUUAACUCUUGCCAUAACAGUGAGGGAGUGAUGAGCCUAUGCAGAGUGUUUAGAUAGACAUGCUGUGAGAGAGAGGAUGGAAGUAAACAGGAGAGUGCAAAUGAGAGAGAGAGGGAAACAAUCCAGUUGCUGUCCACCCAUACAUGUAUGUACUGUAUUACAGUUCUGUUCAAUUUAAUUAACAUAUAAUUAAUUAAACAAUGUUUAAUACUACAGUAUUUAUAAGUAAAAAUAGUACAAUAUGUAAAGGUCAUGCAUUAUAAAAUUGGACAUACAUUAUUUCAUAAACCUUUAUUUAUAUGAUAAAUAUUGUUUAAAUAUUGUUUAAUAAUGACAGUGUUUUUUAAAUAUAUUGUAUCUAAUCUU